GCUCCUCAUCCUCCGCCCUUGGGCUCUGGUUGUCUCGUUCCUUUUAUUCAUGGUGACGGCGCGGUGCGUUCAGGGGGGUGGGGGGCGCCCAUGCUUUAAUGCACUCAGCUGUAUCUCUGCUUGUCUUGUUUGCGGUGCGUCGGGACUCUCAAGGUCGAGCCGGUCGGUCGGUCGUCGUCAUCAUCAUGACUUCUCAGUGACCACCGUGUGACAACCGGCGGUGCUUUAACGCGACCCCGCCCGGCUGCUCCACCGGCACCACCGGCCGCACUUCACCCGCUUCACCCUCUCCAGCGGAAAACCAACACCACCUGCCGACGCCUCUCGCGCCGCAUGACCGUCUCGAAGAUGACAUGGCGUCCUCAGUACCGCAGCUCCAAGUUCCGCCACGUGUUCGGUAAGGCCGCCACCAAGGAGAGCUGCUAUGAUGGCGUGCCAAUCACAUGCAGCGUCCAGGACAACAACUUCUGUGCGGUCAACCCGCGUUUCCUGGCAGUCAUCACUGAGUGCGGCGGGGGAGGGGCCUUCCUGGUGCUGUCUAUCAAUCACACCGGCAAAGUGGACCCUCAACAUCCCCGGGUAUCUGGCCACCGAGGCAACGUGUUGGACAUCAAAUGGAAUCCAUUCAACGACUACUGCAUCGCCUCCUGCUCCGAGGACUCCACGGUGAAAGUGUGGGAAAUCCCUGCUCGUGGUGUGCUGAAGAACAUCACAGCGCCGUGGAAGGAGCUCCAGGGUCACAGCCGCAGAGUGGGCCUCAUCGAGUGGCACCCGACCGCUAACAACAUCCUCUUCAGCACGGGCUAUGACUACCAGAUUAUGAUCUGGAACCUGGACUGUCCGGAGCAGGUGAUAAAAAACCCGGUGCGGACCAUCAGCCAUCACACAGACGUGGUCCUCUCCAUGUCCUUCAACACAGACGGCAGCUUAUUGGCCACCACCUGCAAGGACAGGAAGGUCCGACUCAUAGAGCCGCGCUCGGGACACCUACAGCAGGAAUCCAACUGCAAGACGCACAAAGCCAGCAAGGUGCUGUUCCUGGGUAACCUGAAGAUGCUCUUCACAUCGGGCAAUUCACGUUACAACGACCGGCAGUUUGCUCUGUGGGAUCAGGACGAUCUGUCUCUGCCUCUGUCACAAGAGAACCUGGAUGGUUCGUCAGGAGUCCUCUUUCCGUUCUUCGACCCAGACACACACAUGCUCUACCUUGCCGGGAAGGGUGACGGAAAUAUGAGGUACUAUGAGAUCAGCUCAGAAAAACCAUAUAUCCACUAUUUAACAGAGUACCGCUCAAACCUACCUCAGAAAGGAAUGGGCGUGAUGCCAAAGAGAGGUCUGGAGGUGAACUCCUGCGAGGUGUUCAGGUUCUACAAACUGGUGACAAUCAAGAGUCUCAUCGAGCCUCUUUCCAUGAUCGUACCCCGCAGGUCUGAGUCGUACCAAGAAGACAUCUAUCCGAUGACUGCUGGUAACGAGCCUGCUUUGUCUGCAGAGGAGUGGCUCAGCGGCAUUGAUAAAGGUCCGGUGCUGAUGUCCCUGAAGCCUGGAAGUCAGGCAGCAGAGUCGUACGAGAUGACAAAGGGACCGCGCAGGUUUCACAGCAGGCCGGCCGCGCUGCAACUGUCCAACAUCCAGGACCAAGUGGAAACCAAAGACGGCAAGGAGGACAAAGCCGAGGUCGACCGGAGCCGGACGCCCGUCAGCAACGGGGAGGAGCUCGCGCUCUGCUCUCCGCCCAGGACGGAGAACGAGCUGCGAACAAAGUUUCACAAGCAGCAGGAGGAGAUCCGUCGGUUGAAUGAGCUCCUCGGUCAGAGGGACGUCCGCAUCAAACAGCUGGAGCUGGAGAUCAAGAACAUCAAAAACUCUCAGCCUCACCAGAACUCCCUCUGAGACAGCAGGGUCUCACGUGCAUCACCGCCGGGACGUACUAACCCCCGUCCUCAAACCACGACACCUGUUCUUAAGGGUGCCGACUCGCCUCUUAACCUUUUAAUGAUCCCUCCAGUCGCUGCACACGGGUGAUUUAAGGCCUGGGCUUCUGUUCUUCUCUCAGUCCGUCUGUUGCCCACAGGGUGCACGUAUUCUCAGUUCACGUACCUAAUCACGACCGCCGAGUCUCGCCCAGCUGUGACAUGAUUUAAAACCAUUUGCACCCAUUGACCUUUCUUUUGUACGCUUCAAAGCUAUGCAAGUUCAUUGUCAUUUUUAGCUUUUUACGCUCUUUGUAGCUGGAGAUAAAACGCGACUGAACGAUGUGGCCAAACGGCGUGUUGGACGGUUGCCGCGGGGCAGGAGCAGACGUCCUGUGUGAUUGUGCGACGACGCUGAAUUAAUUUUUGUCAUGCUUGGUGAUUGUUUUUAUUUCCAAUAUUUAAACUACUGUAAGUGGCUGUGGUAUUUCUAAUGUAUGCUUGAAUGUGUGCUUGAAUUGGAGCGAUCUAAAUGAAUGACAAUGUCACAAUCCCGUCUGUGUUCCUGCGUUCUAUUGAGAGAAAUUUUUUUUUAUUUUUUUUGAAUAACUGGGAAAUUUUAAAUGAUUCAAUGUGUUUCAGCUAUUGUGUAAGCCAAUUCUGUAACUGAUGCCAUGUAGCAGUUCUUAAUUUUUUUAAUAUUUAUUUUAAAAUACAGGCAAAGUACCAUUUGUUCAAGUACUUCCCGAUUGUAAUUUUCUAAAAUACAGCACGUUUACUUUUUUUUUUUAUUUUUAUUUUUUUUUAAAAGGACAAAAAUGCGUGCUUUCUCUUUUCCUGAGGUGGAGUCACUGGUGAAACGAUUUAAAGGCAUCGGAGAGCCGUAGUCCUGCGCGACUUCUGGGUUAGUUUGUGUUCCGCUACUUUUUGCUUCUGAAUGUUUUUUUUGUUUUGUUUUUCCUAAACAGAAUGUCUUUAUUGCUCUUUCUAAAAAGCUGAAACACGACACUGUGACUUUCUAUUUUGUAUGAAAGAGUAAUUGCUUCUUUGGUGGAUGGUAAAAUAUGAGCGUGUCGUAUUUCCGGUGAGUGAUCGUGGGAGUUCAGGUGGGAGAUAUGAUUUACAUGAAGAUCAUAGAAAUGUCUGAUGUCUGCAGGAGUAUCAUUUCAUUUAUCAAAUUACAAUUCCCAUCUGGUUAUUGUAUUCAUCUACAGUUGGAAAAGGUACAAUUGAUUUAUGAUAUAUAUUGAUAUUGGAUGCAAUUUUAAGAUUACAUUUGUAUUGGAGCUUGGUUAUUGAAUGCUAACACAAAUGAUUAUUUAGCUUGAAAGCAGCACUGAAAAAACAUCUUGCUUGUUUUUUGUUUUUUUUUAGCGGAGGCAGAAAUAAGUGUAUUGGAUGUGACAAAAGUUCUUUUCUUUUACUUUUUUCAUUGGACAGUUACCAGUCUUGUGUUUCAGCUUUGAAAGAAAACCCGUCUGUGAAAGGACGAGGCUAGUGAACGAGAAGUGAGCUAAUCAGUGAGACGGGUCUUCAUCUCUUAAAAUAAAAUAAAAUAUUUUACUUACACGUGAAAGGGAAACCAUCAAUGCUGUGUUUUUAUAUGCUUAACUGUUAAUUUAACUGCAAACACUUGAAUAAGUAACUACGGAGCUUCUGAGGUGUGUUCCUAGUUUCUCUGAUAUAAACUGCUUUGAUAACUGAAA